AUGCGCGUUUUUGACAGCAGAGGCCAACUACGGACUUACAACAUUAAGAACAGGGAAAUGUUUAACGCUGUAAAUGCCAGCUUCGGUUGCUUUGGUAUCAUUUACGACGUCACGUUUAAGAUGGAAAAAGAGACAGUUGUGAAGACACAAAAUAUGUAUUGCAGUUUACGGGAUGUAUUUUAUAAUGCUGAAAAGAUGAAGUCUUUAGUGGAAGAAAACUGGUCCACUCAGAUUUUCUGGUUCCCCUACAACUCUGUCAGUCUACUUGACUACGAGCCUAAGGACGACGACUUAUGGAUACGGCUAAUAAAUAAAGCGCCAUCUAACGUCAACUGUAAAGAUUUUGGUUUCUAUCUUUGCCAGAGGUCAAAAGACAAGAUUUCGCAAAAAGCAUUGGCUGCUGUGUCUCCAUUACUUGCUGAAAACACAGAAUUAACGCCAUAUUUAUCCUGGGCUGCUUUCAAGUCAUUAAAAUACGUCCUCUACCCAAGUGGAGAAAUGUAUCAACAGCUUCCACAUGCCAUUCACUAUAGAACACACAUUGCUGACGCCCCUGUGCAUGAUAUGGAGUUUAUCUUUGAUUACAAAGGGGAUUAUAACAAGGUCCUAGAAAUCAUUCAAGUUGUGGUGGAGAAAACAGAUCAUUAUGACGAAAAAGAGGAAUAUCCAUUCAACUUAUGUCUUGAGAUGCGUUUUAUGGCAUACAGUGAUACGUACCUGGGAUGUGGAAAUGUAGGCAAUCCCGCCGAUGGAGGUUCUGGCCAUGUGUUCUGUAUUGAAAUCAUUAGCGUUACUGGAACAAAAGGAUGGGAGGAGUUCAGUAUAGAUGUAGGGAGGGAGUGGAUGGCCUUCGGAGGGGUUCCUCACCUAGCAAAGGAGUGGGACUAUAUACCCGGCAUCCAUCAACACAUCCAGGAG